UUCUUUCUUUUAUUUUUUUUUUUAUUUUUUUUAUUUUGUCUAUCAUAUUUCGUUUAUUUUAUGGUUUUUAUUUGGUCAGUUGGUUUCCUUCAUUUUUUUAUUCCCUACUAUUUUUUUAUCUUUUGUUUCCAUUGUUACUUUUAUUUCCUUAAUUUUUCAUUCCUUUUUCACUCCACUUCAUUUUUUUUCAUUCCUUUUCGCUCAUCCCUCGUUUUUUUCACUCCUUUUCAUUUCCCGUAUUUUAUAUCGCAUAUGCAAAUGAUUAGAAAUUGACAGAGAAGUUGGCAAAUUUUUUUCUGUCUUUAAGUGGGCUGAAAAUAUGUUAUAAAGGCCUUCAUUUUCUUUUUUUUCUUUCGUUUUUUUCAUUCCUUUUUACUCCUUUAUUUUUUUCGUUCCUUUUUAUCCCCUUCGUUUUUUUUAUCACUUUUUCACCUCUCUUUUGCUUUUUUCAUUUUUUUUACUCCACCUUUGUUUCUUUCAUUACUUUUUAUUCCUCUUCAUUUAUUUUGUUCUUCCCUUCACUUCUUUUAUUGAUCUUCAUUUAUUAUUUUUUUCAUUAUAUUUUGUUUCUUACUCUUCUUUUUGUUAUUGCACAUUCUCUUCAUU